CACACCUCAGAGGGCUCACAGUUCCUCAUUGUGAUGUUUUAACCGUUCGGUGUUUGUUAUUAUUAUUCUUAUUAUUUUUUGAGACAGUUUCGCUUUGUCGCCCUGGGUAGAGUGCCGUGGCCGUUUGGUGUUUGGUAUUUCAGUUAAGUAAAGGCGCAUUCAGGAAAGGAGGAAUAGAACGGGUCCAGGAGUCCGCUCAAGAACCGACAGAGACACCAUGGGACUCUACCCAGGGUGACAGCUUGAGAUUCUGUCUCGAAAAAAAAAAAAGAAGAACCGACCUAGAGACUAGUCGGUCCGGAGCCGGUCUUCGGUGCGGCUAGGCUGGCGCCCGCGGGGAGGCAGGCCGACGCCGCGGCCGGGUGCUGGGCCGCCCGGUUUAAACCUCCCGCCUCCCGCGGCGGGAGCCCGACACCUCCACGCGCUGGUGCGGAGGGGCACGGGCUGCGGCAGCGGCGGAGGCCGGACGGGUGCCGGGACGGACCUCCGCGCGGCCGAACGCGACCUGAGGCAGCGGAGGACCGGCGCGUCGCGGCUCCGGCGUCGCGGCAACGUACUGUAAGGCGAUAUUACUUUAAUCAUCUUCACACCAAUAUUUAUGGAGUAGCGACAGGUGCCUCAUCCUUUAGAAGGAGUUAAUUGUACAUUUACUGGCCAAAUAAACAUCUCCUAAUGUCACUCCAUGGAUUCCUUUGGGCAACCAAGACCAGAAGAUAACCAGUCAGUAGUCAGCAGAAUGCAAAAGAAAUACUGGAAAACUAAACAGGUCUUUAUCAAAGCAACAGGAAAAAAAGAGGAUGAGCAUGUGGUGGCAUCUGAUGCUGAACUUGAUGCUAAACUUGAGGUUUUUCACUCUAUUCAAGAGACAUGCACCGAACUUCUGAAUAUAGCCGAGAAAUAUCAACUGAGACUCAAUGUUAUAUCAGAGGAAGAAAAUGAGCUAGGGCUCUUUUUAAAGUUUCAAGCAGAACGGGAUGCAACUCAAGCUGGCAAAAUGAUGGAUGCCACUGGCAAGGCACUCUGUUCUUCAGCCAAGCAAAGAUUGGCCUUAUGUACUCCCCUCUCUCGUCUUAAGCAAGAAGUAGGAACAUUCAGUCAAAGAGCAGUGUCUGAUACCUUGAUGACAAUUAAUCGGAUGGAGCAAGCACGCACAGAAUACAGAGGAGCUCUACUGUGGAUGAAAGAUAUAUCCCACAAACUGGACCCAGACACCUUAAAACAAAUGGAAAAGUUCAGAAAAGUACAGACCCAAGUGAGAAAUAGCAAAGCUUCUUUUGACAAGUUAAAGAUGGACGUUUGUCAGAAAGUGGAUUUACUUGGAGCUAGUCGCUGCAACAUGCUAUCUCAUUCACUUACUACCUACCAGAGAACACUGCUUGGAUUCUGGGAGAAAACAGCUCGAAUGAUGUCCCAAAUCCAGGAGGCCUGUAUUGGCUUUCAUCCACAUGAUUUUGUAGCUCUCAAGCGAUCACAAAACACUACAAGCAAGCUUACUGAAGACCACAAAGAAGAACAAAUAGAAGGCAGUUUUCUUACUGAAAACCUCAAUAAGUUAAUCUUGUCAGAUGAGGAAGCAAGCUUAGGGAAUGAAUCAGCAACCACAGAUUACAAGGAAAAACAUUUUCAAAUGAGAGAAUUUGGAGCAUCUCCGUUUCCUAACUCUGAAAAUGUUGCAAAAGAUCUACCUGUGGGUUCACUAGAGGGAGAAAAUUUUGAGAAGGAAUUCUCAUUUCUGCACAGCCUCCUAAGUCCUGGUUCUUCAAGUAUUGGUGAAUUUACCCACGAAUGUCAGACUGCCUUUGGGAGCCCCAUUGCCAGUCUCACAUACCAGGAGCCUUCUGUGGGGUCUGAGCCUCUUGCUCAUUCCUCUAGAUUCCUUCCUUCACAACUCUUUGACCUUGGACUUCAUGCCACUGGAACUUUCAACAGCUGGGUCUCUCGAGAAAGAUCAGAACUUCCUCUUCCACACAUUGAUAACCAGCCAGUGCCUUCACAGAGUCCAAAGAAAUUAACAAGAUCCCCCAACAAUGGUAGCCAAGACAUGUCAGCCUGGUUCAAUCUAUUUGCAGACUUGGAUCCUCUUUCAAACCCAGAUGCUAUUGGACACUCAGAUGAUGAACUUCUUAAUGCUUGACUCCUGUUAUAAUGUGACUUUAAUGGCCUUGAGACAUCAAUUUUGCAACAUAUUGCCUUUGCGGAAAGGAGUUUAUAUUGUAACCCACACACAAAAGCAUGGUGUUUGCAAACACCUGACAGUGUCACUGUCAGUGUCACCUGACAGUCAACCUUAGACAGAUGGUAAGGACCACAUUUGAACAGAUUAAGUACAUCUUUAGUAUCUUAGGUUUGCAGUUGUUGAUACUCUGUGGAAAAUAUUGCAAACUACUAAGUCUGGUAUUUACAUACCACAAUUUAUGUCAAAAUAAGUUAGGAAUAAUUCUGUCAAUAAGGAGUUGGACUAUUUAAGUUGCCUUGUCAGCUAUAAGAAUUCUCUAGGUGGAUAAAGGGCAGCAUGUAAGUUGGGUUGUAGUUUGAGGUUUAUUUAUUUAUAAAUAAAAUAGUGAUGAGAAGUUUUUCUGUUGUAGGAAAUAGCAUUAAAACCAGACCAGCUUUGUGUUUAAUUAGAAAGGUAGAAAAGAUCUGAGAACUCAAUUCUUUAAUGAAAUUACAGAGAAACUCAAUACUGUUUUUCUGUAUUUGGAGGCUAAAAUGGAAUGUUAUCAUUCAUACAAAAUCAUGGACAUCUCCCAAAUAUCUUAUUAAAUUUUCAUGGGGGAAGGAGCAUAAUAAUUAAUUUGCUAAAUCCAUUCUCUGGAGACACAGAAAAAUUUAUUUCCCAUCUUAUAAACCACUAAAUGCCUACAAAUAUUCAAGUCAUCGUGUCAGUAUCUUUAGGCCUGGUUUUUCAGACUGCUACUACAGUAAUAUGCAAUAUUCAUAUUUUUCCUGAAAAGAAAACAAGGGGAAAGUAUUCCCUAAGCAACUGGCAAUAGUAUUCCUAGAAUUACCUAUAAAUUUCUAUCUGAACGAGGCAGAGAACUCUGAACAUCUUAUCCUUAUACAUAUUUGCAUUACCUCAUAUUUUGUGACAUGAUUUAACCCAGAAUACUUUCUGGUUAAGAUACCGAAAGCUCUACCUGAUCAAUAAAAAGUAUUUCAUUUUCCACUUCAUUUCUGUGGGUGGCAUCAUCUAAGGCUCCAUUAUUUGAUUACCAAAUACUGUUAUCCUUGGAAGGUUUAGAAUCUAAGUACUGGGAAGGAAGACUAUUUAAUGGAAGCUGAUGAACACAAAACAGCUGUACACACUCAUCAAUUACUCAAUUUUCUGUCCUAUUUUCUUGCUCAUAGUUUUGAGUCGAUUUUCCAACAACAUUUAAAUAAGUUGUUCACAGUAGUUCCAUGUGAUCUUAGUUCUCAAUGGGCUUAUUUAUAAGAGAAUUACUUGUAAUGUCCAAGUUAUUGUAUAUAGAAAAC